GUCCACCCAUUUUUGUCUUCUAUUACAUAUGACAUUAUGACCAGAUGAUCAGAAAUUUUCAGAUGCUCUACAGAUACCAAUAUGAAUGCUUCCAUUAAUGUUCCAUCAGAGUGAUUUCCUGGAAGAUCAGAAUCAACUUUUUUUUUAUAUAUUUUCCAUGAUCAAGGUCCAAGUCGUAGGACUCCAGCCUCCAGCAACAAACAAUCGAUAGAGAUGCAAAACUAAAAAAUUACCUCUCAUCUUACUUAUUUUAUUUCUUCGUGCUCAACAAAUCUUCCUUAAACCAACCAGUUUGUGUCUUUCAUUUUUAUCAAAACACAUGGCAGAAAUAUUUCUAUUCUGUAUUGCAGAAAAUGUUUUGGGAAAGAUAGGCUCUCUUGCCCAUGAAGAAAUAUGUUUGGCACGGGGUGUAGAGAGCAAUAUGAAAAAGCUUGUUGAGAACUUAUUAUCCAUCAAAGCUGUUCUCCUGGAUGCCGAGGAGAAGAAGGCACAUAACCACGAGCUGCGUAUCUGGCUUGGGAGGCUUAAGGAUUUCCUCUAUGAUGCCGAAGACGUGAUGGAUGAGUUUAAUUAUCAAGGGCUUCGCAAGCAAGUGUUGAAAGAGUAUGGAACCAUACAAACCAAGGUACGCAGAUUAUUCUUUCCAAGCUCAAAUCCACUUGCAUUCCGUUUCAAAAUAGGUCAUAAGAUUAAGAAGCUUAAGGGGAGACUAGAUGAUAUAGCAGCUCAGAAGUCUAAAUUCCAUCUCACGGAGCUAGUUACUUAUGGCAUGGUGGGGCACAGAGAAAGGGAGAUGACUGAUUCCUUUGUGCGAGCAUCAAAUAUUAUUGGAAGAGAUGCUGAUAAGGAAAAACUCAUGGAGUUUCUAUUGAAAUCAGAUGAUCAAGCUGCAGGUAUAAUCUCUGUUAUCCCUAUUGUUGGAAUAGGAGGAUUGGGAAAGACUACUCUAGCUAAGAUGUUAUACAAUGAUAAGAGAGUAGAUGCACAUUUUCAAUUGAAAAUGUGGACGUGUGUCCCUGAGGAUGAAUUUGAGAAGAAGAAGAUACUAGUAAAAAUGCUCAAGUCCUUAACUGAUCAAGAUGUUAGUAACUUGGAUACUGACCAGUUACAAGCUCGCAUUCGAGAUCAACUAAACGGAAAGAAAUUUUUACUUGUCUUGGACGAUGUGUCGAUGGUUGAACGUAUUCGCAGUAAAUGGGUUGAGCUGAGAGAAUUGUUGGAAAUAGCUGCCAUUGGAAGUACAGUGAUUGUAACAACACGUGAUGAUAGAGUGUCUGAAAUGCUGGGUACUAUUGAAGGAUACAAGUUAAAAGGUCUUCCACAAGAGGAUUGUUUGUGUUUAUUGAAAAAAUGGGCGUUCAAAGAAGGAGAAGAGGAGCGCUACCCGUACCUACUGGAAAUCGGAGAGGACAUCGUGAAGAAAUGUGGAGGGCUUCCUUUGGCGGUGAGGACCUUAGGGACCCUGCUCUACUCGAGAAAUGAAGAACGGUACUGGAAAUCCAUAAGAAAUGAUGAGAUUUGGAAACUAAAACAGGAUGAAGGGGAUAUUUUACCUGUACUAAGACUAACUUAUGAUCAAAUGCCAUCUGAAUUGAGGCAAUGUUUCGCUGUUUGUUCUGUCUUUCCAAAAGGUAAGUUAUUCAACAGUUUUCUUUUGGUUCAGUUUUGGAUGGCACACGGUCUACUUCAAUCUCCAGAUGGAAACCAGGAACCUGAAUAUCUUGGCUUCCAAUAUGUUAAGGAGUUAUACUCAAGAUCAUUCUUUCAGGAUUUUGAGGAAUAUGGUUAUUUUUACGUGUUUACAAUGCAUGAUUUGGUACACGAUCUUGCACUCUUGGUUGCUCAAAAUGAGUGCUCAACUGUCAAUUUUCAAACCAAGAGUAUACCUGAAGGUGUGCGCCAUCUUUCAUUCUCCGAUGCAGAAGCUUUAUUUGGUGAAGGGGUUCAAUGUCUUCCACAAAAUCCAAGAAAUGUGAGGAGUAUUCUUUUCCCAUUUGGAGAACCAACAGUUACAAGUGAAUCCUCCAUUGAUGCAUGCAUCUCUAAGUUCAGGUUUCUAAGGUCGUUGGAUCUAACUUAUUCAUCAUUUGAGUUGUUGCCCAGCUCUAUUGGUGACCUGAAACAUCUGAGAUCUCUUCUCUUGUGCUUCAAUCGUAGAUUAAAGAAAAUGUCCAACUCAAUCUGCAAGCUCCACAAUCUACAAACUCUACUCGUACAUGGAUGCGUAGAACUUGAGGAUCUGCCAAGAGAUGUUCGGAACAUGAUCAGCCUGAGAAAUCUGCAUAUCACCACGAAACAGAAGAGUUUAACAGUGAGUGGAAUUGGGUGCCUAAAAUCUCUCAGAACUCUGGUUCUGUGCAGAUGCACCAAUCUUGAAUCCCUCUUUGAACCAACAGUACACCUCCCUGCUUUGAGAGUAUUGUACAUCGACUCUUGUCCUAACUUGGUGUCUUUGUCACACAUUCUGAGGAACCUAACUGCAUUAGAUACAUUGAUUAUUCGGCAAUGUAUGCACAUGGAUUUAAUGGAUGAGGUGGAACACGGUGGUCAAAAUUUGAAACUUCAGUUGCUAGUGCUAGCUGGUUUGCCACAAUUGACUAUCUUGCCAAGAUGGCUUCAAGGGUCUUCGGAGACUUUGGAAUACUUGUGUGUUGGAUCUUCUCCCAAUUUUUCAUCCUUGCCUGAGUGGCUGCACAACUUCAAAUCACUCAAAACGAUUGCAGUAGCAGACUGUCCUAGCUUAUUGUCUCUACCGGACUCCUUUGGUUGUCUCACAAACCUUAAGGAAUUGAAGAUUCUAAAUUCUCCACAACUAAGUGAAACAUUCCAGCCAGAAAUAGGCUUAGUUGAUCAGUUGCUAAGGCAGCAUCACGUAGGAUCAAGGAUCGUAGUCUUGCAGUCUCACAAGAAGGUCGGCACGUCGCUGCCAAAGAUGUUUGGUAUAAUAGAGAAGCUAGCUUUGAUGGUGUUCUACCGAUCGAUCUCCUCUAAAAAUGUCUUCUUCUAGUUCUGUAGUUUUAAGUGCUUUCUUUUGAUUAUAUCUCAAGCAAAGGAAGCCCUAUAUUGAGACAAUGUGCUUUCUUCAAAAUAAAACAUGUUGGAUUUUUCCAUCUCUUGAGC